UGCUAGACUCCCCGUCCCCUCCGCCUGCUUGCCUCGGCAGCCUGUUAUGGAAAUUAGUCCAAAGUCAAUCUAGUUGUGUCUCCGAGGGGAAAAAAGAAGGAUUUGACGGAGGAAGCGGGGAAGACGUUGGACCGUGUUGUCUGUAAGUGCUGCCUCUUAAUACCGGAGUCCGAUUAAAGGAGGCUCAGGAGGGAGAGAGGGUGGGUUACGGAGGGGAAAAAGUAGCUAAACCUUCCUUAGCAUGACUGUGUUGUCUCCACGCACUCAUAGUUGCCAUGUUAGCUCUCCCCUCGCGGUGUUUUAGCAGCUGUUGUCAUAGCACCGGGGCCUUCGGAACAACUGUAAAUAGCUCAAUAUUGUAGCCUCUUCGCCUUACUUUUGUUAGCCACGAUCGGGCUAUAACUAGCUAGCUGCGUGGAGAGAGAGAAAAAAGGGGGAGAAAGAGAGCCAGAGAGACAAAGUUGCGUGGUGUUGGUGUUGGUAGAAUGAAAGAGGAGUCUGGUGGCAGGAGUGUAGAGGAGGCAGCAUAUGGCUGUAGAAAGAGCACAGCUGGAGGUAGCAUCUCCAUCUGAGGAUGAUGUCAGAGCAGCUGACAGGCUGCCAUCCACCCCACCUCCUCCUCCUCCGUCCCUCCACCGCCUCCACCCCUCCCCAGUCCUUUAUUAGAGAGCGAGCGAGGAAGGGAAAGAGCAAGAAAGAAAGAGAGAGAGAGAGAGAGAGAGAGAUACACACAGCCAUUCCCAGCCAGAGAGCCCAGCUAUUCUGCUACAGUGGAGUUAAUCAAGUUGAUGCAUACUGCUGCAGGUUAUGAGGACGGCAGGAUGGAGUUCCCAGACCACAGCAGACAUUUACUUCAGUGUCUGAGCGAGCAGCGGCACCAGGGCUUCCUGUGCGACUCCACGGUGCUAGUGGGCGAUGCCCAGUUCCGGGCCCACCGUGCUGUGUUGGCCUCCUGCAGCAUGUACUUUCACCUCUUCUACAAGGACCAGCUGGACAAAAGAGACGUGGUGCACCUCAACAGUGACAUCGUCACAGCCCCGGCCUUCUCCCUGCUCCUGGAGUUCAUGUAUGAGGGCAAGCUGCAGUUCCAGGACCUUCCCGUAGAGGAUGUGCUGGCAGCGGCCAGCUACUUACACAUGUAUGACAUUGUCAAGGUGUGUAAGAAACGUUUGAAGCAGAAGGCCACGGCGGAGGCAGACAGCACGCGCAGAGAGGAAGAUGGUGGGUCGAGCUGCUCCGAUAAGGCUGAUAGUUUAUCAGAUGGUUCUACAGGCCGGCCUGCUACAGCGGACCUGCUACAUAGUGAUGAAGAGGAGGAGGCAAAGGCAGAGGGAGGGCCGCUGUGGCUGAGGCUGCCGUCUGCAGACAGAUCAGGGACACCUGCCAUGGCUACAACCAGCCCAGGGCGCGGCGAGGCCGAGAUGCAGACUGGGGAAGGUCUGGGGGAAGGAGGGAAGCUGCUCUCCCCGGCUGGCAGCCCCACCAGCUCCACUGGAUCCCUCUCACAGAGGUCCCACUGCUCCGUGAGCUCUCGAGGAGGGCACAGGGGCAGGAGGGUGUCAAAUGAUGCAGCUGACUGCGUCCUGGAUCUGUCAGUCAAGCCAAUUGCCAGUAGCAACCACAGUAACCACCACCAGUCCUAUUUCAGCGGGGCAGCUACACCCGACAGCCUCCAGAGCCCAUUGGCUGUGAGGGUAAAGGUGGAGAGGGGUGUGGCUUCAGACGAGGAAGAGGAGCUUGGAGGUGGGGACUAUGACAUGGAGCACAGCGGCAUCACCAAGGCGACUGUUCCCAGCACCAACGGGGGCCUGACCCACCACGGGGUCGGAGGGCCUCUGUCGGCCCAGCGGAGGCUCGGCCUGGAGGCGCACCUGUCUGCUCUGCGAGAGGCCUCUCUGGCCUCAGAGCUGGAGCGGGACGAGAAGCCUUCAGCCACGGGAGAUGACGAGGACAUACUGGGGGGUGAAAACGAGCGCGCCCAGGCUGAGGCAGCCAGCAUGGAUAGUUCCUUGCUACCCUACGUCUCCAACAUGCUGUCAGCGCCACACACCCAGAUCUUCAUGUGCCCGCUGUGUAACAAGGUUUUCCCCUCCCCACACAUCCUCCAGCUCCACCUCAGCUCCCACUUCAGGGAGCAGGAGGGCAUCCGCUCCAAGCCCGCUGGAGACGUCAACGUGCCCACCUGCACCAUCUGCAGCAAGACCUUCUCCUGCAUGUACACGCUGAAGCGCCAUGAGCGGACACACUCCGGUGAGAAACCCUACACCUGCACCACCUGCGGCAAGAGCUUCCAAUACUCACACAACCUCAGCCGCCACGCAGUGGUGCACACGCGUGAGAAGCCGCACGCUUGCAAGUGGUGCGAGCGGCGCUUCACGCAGUCCGGGGACCUCUACCGACACAUUCGCAAGUUCCAUUGCGAACUGGUCAACUCGCUGUCAGUGAAGAGCGAACCGCUGGCACUGCCUAAUGUCAGGGAUUGGGCAAUUGAGGACAGUUCCCAGGAACUGUGGAAGUAGUGACAGACUGCUGGGGUUGAUAAAGGGAAAGAGCAGAGAGUGAAAGAAGGGCAGAGAGGCAUGGGGAGGUGAAAGGGAGGUGGAAAAGUUUGAUGUUUGGGGUUCAAGUGAGUCAUGUUCUUGUGUGUCGCAAAAUCUCAUUCAAUUGCACUUUAAUAGCACAUGAAAAUGUUACUACUGAGUUUUUUUUGUUGUUGUUGCUGUUUGGGGUAAUUUUAUUUUAUUUCAUUCUGAACUCUUUAUUUUUAUUUUUCAUAAGUUCUGUUCGGUGGUUUUCAUUGCGUCUGAGGACAUGGGUCCCAGUGAGAAUGUCUCGCCUUUAGAAGAGUUUUUCGCUCUGUUUCAUCUCAGACACAACACUCCGACGCUGGCCAGCGUAUCGGUCCCAAUUCCACAGACUGCAAACGCCACUGCAGGAGUUCAGGUCGAACACACUGAAGUGAAAAAGCAUUACAAUACACUAAACGGGUACUGUGAUCACCACGAGUCGAUACCACCACACACACACAGUUUGAAGAAGUGUGUGUGUGUGAUACUGCACUACUCUGGCAAAAAUUUCACCUGACAAGCGUGAGUGUGUAUGAGUGUGUUUUUGUGCGUAUUAAUUUUAUUUUCUACUGGCAUGGAGGUGUUGUUGGCGAAGCGCUCCCCGCUUCUCUCGUUAAGCUCUUUGGUGUUGUGUGUUCAGGUUAAAGCUGACUGACUGACAGACAAACUGAUGGCACUCAUGCAAUGCACAGCCUCCUUUUUUCACUUCCAAUCAAUUUGAAGUAUUUUCUAAAAAUGAAAAGACCUUUACAAAUUAUUAUAAUAAUUAUUAUUAUUAUUAUUGUUAUUAAUAGAAUUUUUCUUAAAUGUAGCUGGCAGUCUUUAAAACAUCUCUUGUUGAAAAGGUAUUUAAUUUAAGGUUGUUGUAUAUUGUUCUGCUAUAGUUUUAGAACUUUAAUCCGUUACAAUUUUUUUUAAAUUAAUGAUUAUUAUUAUUAUUAUUAUUAUUAUUAUUAUUAUUUUGUUACUUUUUUUGUAAUGGGACCUGCUGUUGUUGCAUGACGUCCAAACCUGUAUAUUUUAAAAUAAAAAUGUGAAUUUGCUGUAUUACUGUACACAUUGUAAUUGAUCAAAUAUUUGACAAUGGGCUUUCCUUUUUUCUUUUCUUUGUGAAUACUACUCCAGGGUGCGGUCCGUUGAAAAACUGAAUAUUAUUCUCAAGACUGUGGAAAAAAAUGCAUGAAAAUUUGAUUUCGUCUUAAACCUUUAAGUUGUGGUUUUUGCAUCGGGGGGAAAUAUGUGAACACUUCUGACAGUGAGAAGUUAUUUUUUUUUCUACUUGUCGUAGGUCUGUCGCUGGGCUCCCAGAAGAAUGUUACCGAAUGUGUUUCCGUCGGAUGUUGAAGCGAUAUGAUGAAGCAUUUUAAAGCCUGUGUCUAUAUGCACUGAUCUCUCUGCCGCGCGUGUUUGUGUUUGUGUGUGUGUGGCUUGGUUAUUACCAGUCAAUUUAACCUACUGAAGAUCUUCGUCCACCCAGCACUUCCUGCUCCUGCUCCUCCUCAGGCGUUAGAUUUCUCCACUGCUGUAUGUUCGUUUUCCAUCUCUCGUGUCUCCGUCCUCUCCAGCUCUUAGACGUGGUCAAGCCAUUUCUCAAUUGUCACCGCUCGUUGGUUCAGUUAUGGGGCUCUGACUUGGCUGAAGGAUAUCAAGGAGAGGGAAAAAAAGAGAAGAAGGAGAGAGGCUGAAAGUGAGCUGUCCUGCUGAAAGUUGAAGGGUCAGAUAUCUUUGUCACAGUGUUGCGUCGGGUUGAGCGAGGCGGAGCUGAUUGAAUACAAUAACCCACCUCAACUCGGUGCAGACUCAGUGGCGUGGAUGUGAUAAGACGUCUGUGUGUGUGUGUGUGUGUUUCCCUCUUAAAACAUAAUCCUCACUUUGAGAUCGAUCGAUGGGAGAGAAUUGGCAUGCCUGAAUGCACCUUUUUAAGCUAAAAGACAUGAAAUCAGAUUUUUUGCGGAAAAGAUGCCUUUAUUAAAAAACAAAACAAAAAAAAAAAACAUUUUUGACGCUAUGGAAGUAUUUGAUACUGUAAAGCAUUGGGAAAUAGUUGUUUAAAAAUCAUGUAUGAAUUUAUUGAAUUUAUCAGAAAAUGAUGUCCUGUUAUAUUUUGAUCAUGUGAUUUGGAGAACUUUUAUUUUUUAUUUUUUACGUGAAUGUUGUGUUUGGGGCUACAUCAGUUUCAUUUUACCUUUUAACCUCUGAAUUUCAAAAUAAUGGUCAAGCGUUUGUACAAUCCAAAAAACAUUUGACUACUGAAAAAAAAGUGAUCGCUCCACAUUUGCCCUCACUUAGAUAUGUGUGCGUGUGUAGAUAUGUAUGUGUGCACGCCCCCGUUGAUGUGCAUGUGUUGGGUGGGGCGGGGGGGGGUUUAUGUGCCGCCCUGUCAUCUGGUGGCACCUACAGGCUUUGCCAAUGCAACAGUGUGGGUGACAUUGCGGCAGUUUGCACCGCAUCGUUUCAUUUUCCUUUUUUUUUUUUCUCAAAAAAACGUUAUUUCUUCACUGGCAGCGUCUCUGCAUAUGGGCUCACUCCAUCCUGCUGUUGUUUUCAUCAUUACUGCUGUUUUGUUUUUUUUGGGUUUUUUUUGUUUUUCUGGUUGUACUUGACCGCCUUAAACUGCUGUCGUCUGGGCUGUUUUAUUAUUUUUAUUUUUUGAAGUGUGAGUGUUGGGUGGAGCGAUGUCAACCGCUCAAGACGCUGUGAAGUAACCACCCUGACGAGACAUCUCCAUCUUUUUUGCUGUGCUUACUUGAAAACAAAAGGGGGGGAGGUUUUUUGUUUUGUUUUUUUCAAAAAAAGAAAGGUAUAAAAAUAAAAUGUUCAAAAAUGUCAUAGACAGUUUAUGGGAGGGUGGGGGGUGUGAAAUGAAAAAGGACAAUCACUGUCUGGGGAAAAAAAAAACAAGCAGAUUUUGAUUCAGAUAUAUUUGCUCCCUCUUGAGAUUAAAAAUGUAUCUUUUGCUUUUUUUUUUCUUUUAUGUUCCUUUUUUUCAGAUUUAGUCAUUUUUAGCUUUGACAAUCAUAGUUGGGUUGAUUUAUUUUUUUCUCUCAAGGGGAGUAAAUUCUAAUUGUGUUUAGUUUUGUAAUUUUUUGGUGUGCUGUUGUUGACAUUUUUAAAUUGUGUGCAAACUGCAAUAAAUUAUAAGAAUCUUGGAAAUUCAA